GUCUUCGUUACACGGGCGCUUGUACUACAGUCUACCUAACAAUACCGCUGCCUGCGAUUGACCGCAGUCACAACUCUUGCUCUCCUCCAUCCUGUUCCUCGCGGACAACACAUCAUUGUGCGGCCGCAGAACGCUGGCAAGCUUGGCGUCGCAACUCCCUCAACUAACUCCAGCAUGCCCGACACCGAACGCGGUGCCGCCAACUUUGUGGUCGGCACAAACUACCAAGUACUGGAUGUGAUAGGCGAGGGUGCCUACGGCGUAGUGUGCUCAGCUCUCCACCUGCCGUCACAGCGGAAGGUGGCAAUCAAGAGAAUCACUCCAUUCGAUCACUCCAUGUUCUGCCUGCGCACGCUGCGCGAGAUUAAGCUCCUGCGUCACUUCCACCACGAGAACAUCAUCUCGAUUUUAGACAUACUUCGGCCUCCCAGCCUUGCUGAAUUCAGGGAGGUCUAUCUCGUCCAAGAGUUGAUGGAGACCGAUCUGCACCGCGUUAUCCGGACACAAGACUUGAGUGACGAUCAUUGUCAGUACUUCAUUUACCAGACACUCCGGGCCUUGAAAGCUCUGCACUCUGCGGACGUGCUGCAUCGCGAUCUCAAGCCUUCAAAUCUACUUCUCAACGCUAAUUGUGACUUGAAGCUCUGCGACUUUGGCCUUGCUAGAUCUGCUCGGCCACCACCAAACGUGGCCAACGACAGCAGUACCUUUAUGACAGAAUAUGUCGCCACAAGAUGGUACCGCGCUCCUGAGGUGAUGCUGACCUUCAAGGAGUACACGCGAGCCAUUGACAUCUGGAGCGUCGGCUGCGUGCUCGCGGAAAUGCUCAGUGGCAAGCCGCUAUUCCCUGGACGUGACUACCAUCACCAACUGUCCAUCAUCCUGGAUGUACUCGGCACUCCGUCACUAGAUGAUUUCUAUGCUAUUACGUCUCCACGAUCGAGGGAGUAUAUUCGCGCGCUUCCAUUCAGAAAGAAGAAGCCGUUCAACCAGCUAUUCCCGAAUGCUAAUCCUUUGGCCCUUGAUUUGAUGGAGAAGUGUCUGACAUUCAGUCCUAAAAGACGCAUCGAGGUGGACGAGGCUUUGAAACAUCCAUACCUCGAAGCAUACCAUGAUCCUCUAGACGAGCCGACUGCAGAGCCGAUCGACCCGUCUUUCUUUGACUUUGAUUAUGGUGAGCCGUUGGGAAAGGAGGAGCUCAAAGUGCUGAUUUAUGAAGAGGUGACACGGCCUCGGACACAGCAGCAUGCAUGACCGAUCUUGGAGCGGGCUUGAGACAGAAGCAAUAUUGAUACCCCGCGGCUGCUCUCGAGGGACGACGGCAUCUACUCUAUUUGCUGGUUGAAUGUGUACACGUACCAUAGCAAUUCACUAUACCUAUUCUUAUUGUUCCC